AUGCAAGAAGCAUACAGAAAAGAUGUGGAGAGAGAUUCUGGUAUUCUUCAAGCUCGUUGGGCAAUCAUAAGAGGGCCAGCUCGUGGAUGGAGUAAGAAGAAUCUUCAGUUCAUCAUGAUGACGUGCAUUAUCUUGCAUAAUAUGAUUGUUGAAGAUGAGCAUGAUGAAGAUGCAGCUGAGCCAUUUGAUCCGAAUGACAUUCCCACCAUACCAAAAAAGGCACACAUAUAUGACAGAAUCCCUAAUCAAGACACCUCUGUUGAUCGCAAUCCGAACCGGCUAAAUCAAUUCAUGCGUCGCUAUAGGGAGGUACGAUGUCCAGUGAUGAAUAAAAACCUCCAGGAUGAUCUAGUUGAUCACCUGUGGAGCAUGAAGCUGCAAGCUGAUGAGAAUGACCAAUGA